AUGGAUGCCAUCACGGUCUACAAUGUCCCUUCGCAACCGCCGAAGUGGGACAGUUUAGGCAUCUUCUACGUUACCUAUGUGGCAGUAUGGACGGCUAUCGUUGCCCCUGGCAUGGCCUUCUGCCUUUGCAACCGACACAUCCCCGCCCUUCGAAUGCGUAGCCUGCCACUGGCUUUCAGCGGUCUCGUUUUGCUACACCUGUACUGGUGCAUGGGGCAAUUUGUGUACCCGAUCGGUGCCACCAUGCCCGUUGUCGUUGCCUACGAAGUUGAAUACUUCAUCAUGGGAUUGUGGUUUCCACUAGGCAUCGCACUUUUCCAUGCCGCGAACCUGAAAUUUCUUAAGGUUGCAGAGCUACAGAAGCAAUUCGAGUCGACGAGUCCCUCGGUUAAGUCUAGAGUUGGACAGGGAAGAAAUGUGCCGCAAAUGACCUGGAUGGCGCGACUGAGAGCGAUGGACCGCGAUAAGAAGACGUUUGUCCUGAUCGGAGUGGGUAUGGUCUUCCAGGUCAUCCUCACCAUCGGUAUGUGGGCUGCGUGUCGGAAGUACCAUCCUGGCUUUGGCAUUGCAGGCACAGAGAUCAAGGGUGAGUCUCUUCAAGAGCAGGCUAUCAACCUGGGUCGGGGAUGGGAGUGGUGGCCAUCCGUUGUGUGGCAGUUCGUCUGGACAUGGAUGGUUGCGCCUUUCUUGAUCUGGAGUGCCUGGGACAUUCGUGAUACUCUUGGAUGGCGAAUGCAGACCAUUGGCGCAUGUAUUAGCGGGCUUCACGCAACGCCGAUGUUCCUAGUAGCAUCUUAUAGCUCUGUUUUCUACACCAGUGGCAUUAAUACUUACUUUCCUCCUAGCCAGUGGAUCCAUCUCAACACCAUGUUCAUUGAGAUCUUCACAGUGUUUGUACCCGCAUAUCAAAUCAUCAAGCACUGGCGUGCCCAACGUCUUGUAGCCGCCGCAAAAUGGGAUAGUUCGUCCCACGCGACCACCAUCUCUAUCCGUCCACAGUCCAAAGCCUCCAAAAGCUCAGCCGUCGAACUCAUCGACCGCGACGCCAGCGUCAAAAACCUCCAAUCUGGCGACCGUCUGUUGACUAUGAGUGCGCUCACCCGUGUAUUGAACGAGCAUCCCGCGCCUCUUCAAGACUUCUCCGCACGCAAGGACUUCUCGGGCGAGAACAUUGCGUUCCUGACAAGGCUGGCUCGGUGGAAAGACCUCACACUCAUCGUUGAGAGGAAAAAAGCCUACAAUGCAGCGCUAAGACUGUACAUCGACUUCGUCAGCCCGCGCGACGCGGAUUUCCCGCUCAACCUGUCCAGCAACCAACUCAAGGCGCUCGAGGACAUCUUCGAGACACAAACCAGAGCCAUCUGCGGCGAAACGUCAGUUGAACCUGCGCUGCCUUUCUUCGACCCCCCUAGAACGGCGACGAGCUCGAGCCUAUCCAAGACUGCGGGCUGUUUGCACUAUGAGGGCGACGUCCCGGAGGGGUUUCACAGGGGCGUGUUCGACGAUGCGAAGCAGCACGUAGAGAAUCUGGUGCUGACAAACACGUGGCCCAAGUUUGUAAGGGAGAUGCAGGAGCGCAGGCGAGAAAGCGUGGACUCGGAGCGCAGUGCAGGGAGCGACGGCAGCGCAAGGACGGUCGUGAGCAGGAUUACAAAAUUCAUCGCUGGGCUUCGGUAG